UUUCAGAUGAGUUUGGGGAAGGACACUAACGGUACUACUAGCAAGACCGAUCGGAUUCGCGAACAAAACGAACCGACUGCUCGCGAUGCAAAUCAUUUACUGCAGCUACUGUCACCGUUCAAUGCCGACCACGUUGUUCUCUCAAGUUGGGGCUUUGUUUCGGCUGAGGCUGCAAAAUACUGGC